CGGACGAGGCCGAUGUGAGGAUGCAAAAAAACUACUUGUCGUGCAUAGUGCUUUGUCACGACAUAGCCUUCUUGAUUGAUAAAUGCGCGUAAGCUCAUCAUAUCCGGAUCCCCUUCAAUGCCACUUUCAAUUAGAUCCAAGCUCCUGCAGCUGUACCGAAACCAACCCAGGAGACAACAGCAAACGCGAGAUCUUCCUUUCUCGGAAAAGAAACGGUUAGGGCAAAAAAUACGACACCGAGGAUACACAGGGAUGAUGAUAGACUUAUUGGUAUGGAUCGAUAUGGUCUCUCGCGGAACGAUGAUGAAAAGAAUAUGAAAGAUAGUCGGUCGCUGCAUGAGAAGAAUCGAGCUCUCUGGGAUAAAGCGAACUCGUACGAGCAGCCGGUCAUCUCCAGGAACGAUAGUAACAACAGCAUGCGGACAGAAUAUGUUCCUGAGAUCAAAAUCCUGAGGCGACCCAAGAGCCCCGUCCAGGCUAUCAAGGUCGCCCACAUGGCCCCGAAACCUUUGGCCCAACGAGAGGCAGAUUACAUGGCAGCACGUGAAAAGAUCUUUGGACCGACCACUACAUCAUCAAACACACCACCGACUACUUCGCGGUCCUCACCUGUAUCGCGAUCUGGAUCCUCAUCGCCCAUGGACCCUGCGUACUUGACAAACCAGCAGCAGCAACAACUAUCGUCGUCUAGGCAAGGAGUUUGUGUUGGUUCAGGGGUGGAUGUAAAGCCUAUAGAAUUUAGGGGCCCGCCCCCUACGAUCAGAUCCGUGCAAAGACCAUCGGGGGGACAGAACGAUACCGCUAUUCGACAGCCACAGGGACCGACUUACAUCCCGGACGCAUCAAUCUCGACAUCGUCGAAAGCAAGAGAAGGGUCGAGGCAGGAAGGCGGAUCAACAGGGUUUCGGAGGCCUUUUGGGGGGGCGCGACGUCCUCCUCAUAUACGUUCCGAUUAAGCAAAGCGGAUGGAGUGCUCACGCAAGCCCUUUGUUAAUUUAGGCGG